UCGAAUCACAAAGCGUUAAACGGCUUAUUUACACUGCUUCGGUGCUGGCACCUCUCCACUAACAAAAGAUGGAUUCAACUUGAAAUCUUGCGUAAAUGAAUCGAAUUGGACUCCGGCUGAUAUCACCUUCAACCGCGGCUUUGAAUACAUGCGGGCAUAUAUAUAUUAUAUCGAAAACCUUAGCGGAGAAAGAGGCACUGAGAUACAACGAAGAUCCUGGAGAUGGGAAGUUAUUAGAAGUUGUAACACUCGCGUGUGGCCUUGUAGGGGGAGAGACUGUACUUUCUUACGUGCCUUUAAGCGUGGAAGUGUUGUUUUCGCAGCUCAUCGGCAAACCCCAAACUUUUGAGGGAUUAGAAUUUAUGGAAGAAGUUAUGGGAUCGGUUCCUGUUCAGCAUAUCGAAGACGUUACAGAUGCACAUAUCUUCUGCAUGAAGAAACCCUACAUGAGAGGCAUAUUCGUUUGUGCAGCGGCUAACCCAACCAUCAGAGAAAUGGCAACGCAUUUUUGACAAAAUUACUCGCAAUAUCGGAUAUCAC